AUGGAAGAAGCGCCUACUCCUCUUGAGAAGAACAAUAAGGAGACGAAGAACUUGGUGGUCACUGACUCUGACAUGGAAGCCGCGGCGCACCUUAUUCAACUUAGCGAUGAAGAUAGCAGCAUCAUCAACAACAAGAGGAGCAGAAGAACAAUCGUCAAUGAUGAAGAAGAGGUUGAUCAAAGGAUAAUAAGCCAUGUUACUUGGGAAAAAAUUCGAGAGAUUUUCGGAGAAGACGAGGUUUCUAAUCAGCCAAAGAAGCAGAGGAGAAGAUAUCGUUCUCUCGUCAGUAUUUACAUGGCCACAACACCAUUGAAAUAG